GUGAAAAAGAUAUUGGAUAUUGGAGACCGUAGCUUAUGGAUGACCUUCUAGCACUGCCAGUGUCCUUGAGAAACUUACAAUACUUACUGUUGUGUCAAUAGAGUUGUAAUUUAGUUUGAAGAAUCGAGACUGGAAGUUACGUAGCUGAAACCAUAAGUUAGGAAUGCAGCCAUUUCGUCAACUGAUUUAUUCACUGUAGACGUCUGUUUGAUCACUACUCAUUCACGGUAUAGGCAACCAAUAGCUUCUUUUAUUAGUAAAUUUUAGGGAUUUGGUAGUUGGUGUAUAACUUGUAUGCUAUAUUCGCUAAAUCUCAACCUCCAUAUAAUUUUAGGCGGAACUUGAAGUUAAUGGAAAUUUUUGGGUCACGGUACCGUAGACAAAAUGUAUUCAGUCGCAGACAUUGACUUAAUUGAAGAUCGAUAUUACAGAGAUCCCCCAAGCUCCAAACAUAAUCUGUCUUUUGCUGGCUGCGGUUUCCUUGGAUUGUAUCAUAUAGGUGUUUGCAGCUGUAUUAAGCGUUUCGCACCCCAUCUAUAUCAAAAUAAACCAGUAUCUGGAACUAGCGCUGGUGCUCUAGCCGCAGCUUGCUUAGUGUGUGAUUUAGAUAUGGAUGUAUGUGUCCAGUAUGUUUGCAAAAUUAUUGAAAAUACAAGACGGUUUGUGCUUGGACCCUUCGAUCCACGAUAUAAAAUAAGUGAAUAUUUAAGAGAGGGCUUAUCUCAGUUAUUACCACCAGAUGCUCAUGUCUUAUGCUCUGAUCGUCUUUCAAUAUCAUUAACGUGCUUCACUACGCGAAAGAACAUAAUCGUCCAUAAGUAUAAAAAUAGAGACGAGGUAAUCCAAGCUUUGCUCUGUUCUGCGUAUAUUCCCAUUUUCAGUGGGUUUGUUCCCUUAACGUUUAGAGGCCAGCUUGUAGUUGAUGGUGGUUUAUCAGAUAAUCUACUUAACAUAAACCAUCAAACUAUAAAAGUUAGUCCAUUUGCUGGUGAUUCCGAUAUAUGUCCACUUGAAUCGAAAUGGGGCCCACAGUAUCAUAGAGCUCAACCACAAAAGUAUGAAGAUGUGUUAGGUUCAAUCUCAUUACUAAAUCUUACAAUGAGCUUCAAUUUAACAAAUAUUAAACGUUUAGUGGGGAUGGUGUGGCCAAUGUCUCCUGAUCAGUUGGUUAACUUAGCCAACCAGGGUUAUGAUGAUGCGUUACGAUUUCUAAUUACACGUGGUUUUAUUGCUUGUCGUAUACAUCAAACUCCCAGAGAAUUUUCAAAUAUUUAUCGAACGAAACCAAGAAACUCUCCACGGAUUCGUCGUUUGUAUAGUUGUGAUUCCUUUGUAUCCAGUAAAACACGUAAUGAUUCAGAUCAUAAUCACUACCACUCUUCUGCAACAAGUUCAAUUAUUCAACCGGUUAAAUUAUCUAAAUCUAUCAGUUGUACACCUAAAAGGUCAAUUCAUGGCUCUGGGAUCGGUUUAAAUGUAGCUCAUUGCUGUACAUGUCGAAAUGAAUUAUAUAGGGCGAUUAACUCUUCGUUUCCUUCUUCAUUGAAUUCACUUAUCAGAGAUUGCACAAAAGUUCCACAAUCAUAUUUAAAUUGUAUUCAAAGUCAUCUUUGGAUGUAUGGAUCAUCUGUUUGCUCAUUUAGUUUCAAACUGGUUGGAUUUCCUCUCAGGUUACAAGUUAGAUUUCUUAUAUAUGUAGUUUCCAGAUGCUUAGAGGCUUUAGAGCAAUCUCAUAUUGGUACUUAUUACUUGUUGAGUUUAUUGGAUCUGUUAAGAAAGUCUCAUCGGUAUCUUGAAACGGAACAAGCUUCGGUUGGUGAAACGAUACCAAUAUCCCUAGAUUCAGAUUCAUCUACAAAGAAGAGUUCUCACCGAUUUUCUACAAAAAGUCAUCCAGUUGUUUCAAUGAUAAAUUCAAUUUUUUGGAAGGGAGCUGAUAGUUUGAGUGGCUUGAUUUUACGAUUAAAUUCGUUUGAGUUACCAACAGCCAGAGAUUGUGGUUUAGAAUUACUUUCUUACUCACUUCAAAAGAAUAUCACUAAUCCCUGUUUGCUACAGACGAUGGAUCUUGAAUCAGAAAUCAGUCCGGUGCGUUGUGGAAGUAAGGAAGAAAAUGAAGACAGUGGGAUUUGUCAUACAUCACGAAGUAAUUCAUUUUUAACUGACCAGUUUUUAUCAGUCGACAGUGCAGAUAUUAACUCCAGCACACCUUAUUCUGAAUCCUAAAUGUAAGGAAGCAUUAUAGAUCAUUUCAUAUUUUCAUAAUUUAUUUUUGUCUUAAAUCCUCACUAACUCACUAUCCAUAUUUCUCAAGUGAUUUCAAGUGAUGUUUUUCUUAUUGUUUCUUUAUUUUUUUUUCCAAUAACUAAUUUAAACAGGAUAAAUUUUUGAUUGUGUCAAUUAGUAAUUAAGUUAUAUUAUUUUCAAACACUUAGUUAUUCUGCAAAAUACAUUCCAACUACUUCUGCAGAAGAUCAUUGUAAUAUAUGUGCUUGAUAUUUUGCAUAACCUACUAUUGCCCAUUAAUUGAUACACAUAUUGGAGAUUUUGUGAAGAUCUCAUUAGUUAUUUUCCAUGAAAUAUUUUGAAUAACAUUGUAAUCUGAAUUUUAUGACUUCUUUAGAUCAUCAUGUUCGCUAAGACUCUUAAUGAUUUUAGUUUUGUGCUACAGUAUAAGGGUACGAUUUCUCCUAUUUCCAAUACUUAUUUUACUUAUAUAGAAAAUUCAUGUGGCAGUUCUCUUUAUCUAACCUGUUAAUGGAAAGUGUGCAUAAUUCGGAACGAAAUCUACAGGACAUAAUGCGUAGUCUUAACAUCCGAUUCCCUGUAGUAUACUACGCAAGAGAUUAAUAAAUUCCUUGUUGUUGUAUCACAAGUAGGUAAUGGUAACUUUGUAUUAGCGUUAACUAGAAGAAGUUUUGUCUUUGGAUGUAAAACGUCAAUUUACAAUGGCGCAGGUGCAUCCACUCUUAGUGUUUUCACAAAUUCUAAUCUUCU